AAAAAGAAGAAGAAGAAAAGCAUCCAUGGCGGACGAUGACCCUCUGGGAGGAGCUGGGUCCUACUCGCAGCUACUGUUCGGAGACGACGAUGUUGUCAGUCUGGGAACAGACUCCGAUGGGUGCUUGAAUUUCAGUUCGUCGUCGUUUAUGUCCUCCGGCGGCGGCAACUCCCCCAAAAUGCUGUGUUUUGGUACCAAAGAAUGCCGUGACUUGCGUCCCGGAAAGGUGACAUGCAGCGAAGAUUCUUCGUCGGCAUCCUCAGUAACCACCACUAGAAACCACAAGGCCAACGUUAAUAGAAAGCGAAAUAAUGGGGCGGCGGAAAAUAAGGAUUCAGAUCAAGAAAGGGGAAAAGCCGCAAAUCAGGGAAACGGUAAGAAGAACAAGCCAGAAAAUCCGAAAGGGACAACCCAUGCAAAGGGCAAGAGAGAGAAGCUCGGCGACAGAAUUGCAGCCCUGCAGCAGCUCGUUUCUCCCUUUGGAAAGGGAGAUACGGCGUCUGUGUUGCAUGAAGCCAUGGGAUAUAUAAGGUUUCUGCAGGAACAAGUUCACGUGCUAUGCUCUCCGUAUCUGAACCCGCAUCCUUCCUCCUCCCAACGCCACCGUCAGGGCGGCGGAGAAGCCAUGGGAUCCGGCGGCGGGAACCCGCCGAACAUGAGGAGCAGGGGGCUGUGUCUUGUCCCAGUAGACCUUACCUUGCAUGUGGCUCAUUCCAACGGCGCAGAUUUCUGGUCACCGGCGGCGGCGGCCAUCUCGGUCUCCGAACCCAACCCGCCACCGCACUCAACUCUCAACUAAA